UUCAAUGGGAAUAGCGGAGAGAUCAUCGUCUCUCUCGAUCACAAAGCAGCUGAAAGACAAGCUGAAGGUCAAAGGAGACAGGCAGCUGCCAAAGUUCAGAUUUCAUUGCAUUGCAUGCUCCCGGCGUAGCUGUUGCCGCUCCUGCAACGAUGUGUGCCUCCGAAACUACGCACUAAAAGCUUCCUUUACAAUGUUUUGAUUCAAACGGCCACCACCGCAACGUUUGGCUCAAGAGUUGGUUUCUUCACCUAGAUUGUCCUGUUCGGUGUCAUUCUCUUGCUUGAAGUGUGCUUCUAUGAAUUUUACCUGCCACUAGUAUGUUUUGGUGCCAUAGAAUGUGCUCGAUUCUUGCAUCAUAUUCAUGUUGGAACGUGAAUUUAUCGUCCUAAUGGUCCUGUCAGGCUUUUGAACAAAGAAAUGUACAUAUUGUUUUGGAUAUUUGUCGGCUGAGCGGCGGGGGCGCUCCUCUCAUGCGUACUUCUCGAGCACCUUGUGAGUCCCUUCAGGAAGGUCUGAAGAAUUUGCAGCUUGUUGGAAUUGUCCAAGUUCAGUAGCAGCUUCGUAGAUGUGCUUACGUAAGGCAUUCUUCUGUCUUUUCUACACUCACUUCUCUGCUAAUUUAAUCGCUUCCAAUACAUCUGGUAUGUAUGAAACGUUUGAGAAGCCUUGGGACUCAUGAGCAGUACAUGUAUCGUCCAUCUAUAAUUCUUGACUUGUUUCGAGAACACUCCACUAAGUUCCUGUACUUCGAAACCGACUCUCAGGUCAAUUCGCUUGUGGCACACUCCAAACGACCGGCCCAAGGAAUGUUACUCGUUCACGCCAUCGUCAAAAAUGUCAAUUAGGUGUCUCGGUCAGUGCUACUGUGGUUACCAUCUGUGUUGGUUGCCAUCUGUGUUGAUGUAUUGAAACUUAACAAAAUAUAUCUUUCUUUCUUCGAUGCGUUCAUUAACGAAGUUAGAAAAGAGUAUUUACUGUUAAUUCAGACUUCAUGGUUUGCGACAAGUAGGUUAUUCUUCGCCUAAUAUACUGCAUUAUCAUCUAUUCAGAGUAACAAUUGACAUGUGUAGCUGUAACUGAACGGAUACGUUGAGACAUCUGGUCUCUGAGAACUUACAUGGCCUAGAGGACGCUCAAGUGGAGCCAUCGGACGCCAAGGAUCGUGUUGAAAGUGAUCCACAGUUGCAGCCAUUUGGAGGCUGAGGCUGCAGGUAAAGUGUCACAGAAGUAGAAGUGGGGGUGCAUUGCCGAUCGGUAAGCCACAUCGAUAACUUACCAGUUGCAAAGGAGUCGCCGUCGACUAAAGCCGAAAUUCACAUUCAAAAACACAGAUGACCGCACAGAUGUAGUCUUUCUUGGUCACCAGCUUUGGCAGCCAGCCCCAAUUUCACAACAGCGUUUAUGCCGCCGAAGAUUGUGUAUGAAGAUGGGCAGGUUGGGUCCCACUAUUUCUGUUCGAAAUUAACAGCGGGAGGCUCCGAAAUUACGUGUUUCCAUGUUCAUGUACGGCGUUAUGAGCCACGCUUGAUUUGUGAGGAGCGCGGUGAGCAGGUGAAGCUUAUAAUGUUGGGUUUAGAUUGUGGAAGCAUGAAAUGGUUUCUCAGGGUGCAGUUCUUCUGUUUCUGUUCUUAAGGAAUGUGUCGGACAUUGUAGGCAGAAUUCAUUCGUGCUGCUGGCCAUGAACUGUAACUGUCAGGUGACGUCCAAAUUGUCCCCAUCUGCCGUGGAUAAAAUAUUUUUGUAGAUCCGUAGUACGAUUGUUGAGCUCAUCUGAGCUCUUCGAAGACGUCGUUAGAUGAUCAAGAAGACCUUGUGUUGAAAAUUGCAAACAUUUUAAAAGUUUUUGCAGCGGUUUGGGUAGUUUGCUGAUAGACAUCUGCAGGAAGAACUUACAUCAGCGGCUACAAUUUCGUCCCAAGGAAGAAGAUUUUCUCAAGUUUCUCUUUCUUCUAUCAAUCUGAAGUUUGUCAGCAUUCCAAGUAGGAUCUAGAUUGACAAAUGGACCGCAGUGACUGUAGGUAGAGUCAUUUUUCUCUGGCGGUCAUUUGGGAUCAAGUGCUGUAGCUCAUGUCCUUUACCGUCUGUAGUAUUCAGAGUUCUACUUUGUGACAUCACGAAGUAUUUCCCAGGUAUAGCUUUCCGCACGGUGACAUGGCUGGCUCUUCCCACCUUCUCCUCGGAGAUGAAUGUGGGAGAUGGGUAGAAAUUUUGUAAUUAGAUACUUGUCAAUCUUCCUUCUUGUCGGUUUAGAGGCAUUGAGUGCAAUGGAAGCUCAAAUGAUGUCGUUUCAGUGGGAAUCUGUUUAUCAAGAGGGAAGAGUUCUUCAGGGAACCCAUGCCCGGCCUCCUCUUAUAAGUCCAGCGCCUCCUAAGCAUUCAAGAACGAAUGUCACCCUGGUGACUGGCAUAGUUGUUCUUAUGGUAAUGGCAGUUUGUGCCAUUCUUUGCUGCUGCUAUCAGUGGGAGGGACAAAUGCGACUUCAAUCCCAGGCCCAUAGUACCGGACAUUCUGAGCUCCUUGACGACACGCGAUCAUCAUCACCACCGAUUUCUUUUCAUCAUUCUGUGGAUGCUAUCAACACUCGUGAUCCUCCAAGAGCUGCAUCUAUCUCGGUGAUAAUGCCCGGAGACGACAUUCCUCGAUUCGUCGCCUGGGUUGUCCCUCGAGGGAGUCCUAUUGCUUCCACUAUGCCCGAAUCACGUAACCAGCAACAAGCACCGGAUCCAUAUUCGGGAAAACUCGCUCACACUUCCGUUGUACCUGUACACGCGUCCGUCGGUGUUGAUAGAGUGUAGCUCUAUGUGGCUAUUCUCGACAGCAGCUUUGGCUUGAAUCGGUGCAGCAAUCAAUACAAACAAGGACUGUGGCCACUCUCAAGACGCUAUAAUACAAUGUUUCCGCUAAGUGAUGAAGCAGAUACUGUGCACAAAACCAAAGUACAUCGUAAAACUAUCGUAGCUGUCCUGAGAGAGGAUAUUUACUACGAUUCAAAUCAUUGGAUGUUUCACACGUUGAGUGUAACCUAAUCCCUGGUUACCGCCCCUUGAAAUGGUUGAAGUCUGGAACCGUCAAUCCUGAACCGAUCUCAAUAUCCAGCUACUUAAUAUCCACCACAGGAAGGUGCAAUCUUAGCAACAGUACAAUACAAGGUGCAGAAAUAGAUUAAAUUCUAAAGUCACUAAGCAGUGAGUGCAUGGAUACUCAAUUUGUUUAUUUUACAAUUACCUAGUCUCGUACAGUGAUUUAUGGCAAAUCAUUGAUAGUAGCACACAAUGAGAGUAUUCUAGAAUGUCGACUUCUCAAUAUCCUUCUCGAGCAACCUGGUAUAAAGUGACGAGAAAUUGUAAAGCA